AUCAGAACAUACUUCUAGCCCGCGUGGUGUCGCGGGAACUGCCACAGGCUUAAAGAAGUAAGGAAGCAGGAAGGACGGACUUCCUCGGCUGUGGGAGCUGUGGGUUGUUUCAUUACUAAUCACCGUGGACGAGCAUCAGUAUGUCUCACAUUCUGACCAAGGAAAAGGUGGAUGAGCAGUUUGAAUUGUUCUUGAAGGAGUCUGUUUCAGAUGACUCGGGGGAUUUGUCUGACAAGCAGCCAGAUUAUAAAGGCGGUGGCCAUUCCAAGAAAGCAACAGUAUCAUUGUGGCAAGAUGACGAACAUGAACACAGCAGUGAAAUAGCAACAGUGACGGCCAAAAGCCGAUUCAUUAAAACCAAAAAGCCCCAGACGGAGAAUGAAGAUGAAAGAGGACUGUUUGGAUCUGAGAAAAGUGUAAAGAAGUGUUUGAGGAAGUCUCAGGCAGUUGAAGAGGAUGACGAUAAUUCAGGAAACACUGGUCUGAAGGAUAAAAGUCCCCUAACCAGAGAAAGUUCACAAGCAGAAGCUGUGAACGUGAACGCGAGCGCGAGCGUGAGCGUGGGAGUGGACACUUUGAUGGAAGAUGAGGAAAAAGCCCAGUUCUUUGGCCAAUUCGAGGCAGGUGCUUCGUCAAAUAUAGAUUACAGGCAGCUGAACAAAGAGAUGGACAUUACAAGUUCUACCACUGGUAGUUACCUCAGAAUUGCAGAGGAGUCUGUUUAUCCUAGUGAUGAUGAGCAAAAGAAGGGAGACUCUCCAUGUUUGCAACACUACAGUGAAGAUUUUGAAGAUGAGGAUGUGGAAAGAAAGAAAUUGAGAAUGUCUCCAAUCAUUGGAAAAGUUUCUUUUGAUGAUUCGCAUGACGACUUGAAAGGACAGCUAGAAGACAGGGGGAAAGAAGUACGAGAAUCUCUGGACAGAGGCCUGUCCUACGCACAGACUGCAGGCUCAGAUAUGGAAGCUCUUCACAAUGCCUACAGACAGAUUAAUACUGGCGAGGAUUUAGAAGAUCUUAAACACCAUUAUCCACCGCUGGACAAGAAUGAGAGCAUCAAAAGACUGCAUUCCCAACAGGCUAUAGAGUCACCACCUUUUACCAAUGAGUCUGAGUUAUCCACUGCAGAAGAACUGAUGAGACUCAUCCGCCCAGUCAGCAGUGCUGCAGAACAUGGUGCGGGGGAGAAUUUCUAUCCAUUAGACAGAACUUUUCCAAGUACCCAAAAUGUGAAACCGAAGGAAAAAUCGGAGAAGGCUGAAACUGUGAAAUGUAAAGGGGCCAAAACUUCGGAAAACCAUCAAGCCAGCCACCCAGAACAUCUUAACCUUGGCUUGACAUGGAGCAUCAGAGAAGAAGUGGACAGACUGAUGGAGGAACAGACCACGUGUCCUCCUCACACAGAUGAUCACACAGGCAAAGCAAAGAAAGAACCUAACUGCCGUGGCUGUCCCAAUAAUUCUACCUCAGCAUCGUCCGUAAGGAAGCCCAUUGUGGUGACUCCACGAAUCCAGAAAGAUGACACUAAAAGACUGAAAGGAGUGACUAAAAACGCUCUUGCAGCCAAAACCCAAUCUUCAAUUUCCAGAGUCAUGAAGCCAAGCCUCAAAACUGCAAAGAACAAAGAAAAGGAAGACGACCACAUAGACCCAGGUGUGAAUGCUAGCGGUGACCUCGUGGUGUCUGUCCAGUCUUUAGUGGAUGUUCUUAAACAGCAGAUAGGCACAAGCAGUCGCCAGGAAGUUACAGAUGGCCGGGACUGCAACAUGCAUGCAUGUCAUGAAAAUGACAUUUCUGUGGUGGAGGAACUGAGAGACCAGCUGGCCCAGAAAGUCAAGGAACUGCAAAUAAUGAAGAAAGAAGCAGAGGAGCUUAAAUCUGUCCAACAAGAAAACUAUUGUCUGCAGAGCAAGUUACUGGUUGCAGAAGAAGCCAGUAAAAAAAUGAGACUGACAAAUAUCACAGAUCCUUCGACUGAGAAAAGCCUCCAACAGAUUCGUAAAGAAAUACAAGAGCAGGAGACCAUCAUCCAAGGCUACCAGCAGGAAAAUGAGAAGAUAUACUUGGAGAUGAAGGCUCAGCAGGCCAAGAGUAAAGCCAAUGAACAUGCCAUGUUUAAAGAAAACCAACGACUGCAAAGUGAGCUUGUUUUCACAAGGGAGCAGCUCAGUAAAUCAUCAUGCUCUUUGGAUCAACGUAUUAAAGAUCUAUUAGCUCACAUUAAUACAUCCCAGAUGAACGAGGCCAAACUUUCUGAGGACAUACACAGGCUGAAGCAGGAGAACCAGGCCCUACUGGUCGACAUGGAGUUAAUCAGGAAGGAGAGAGAUGUGGCUAAAAUGCAAAGCAUGUCCACCGCUGGUGGUUUUCCAGAGGAUAAGCUCAGAAUGGAACUGGCAGCACUAAAGAAGGAGCAGGAUGAAAACCAGGAAGUGCGAUCCAGAGAUGCAGAGCGACUGAAGGCUGCAACAGUUGAGAUACAGCUUCUCAAAGAGCAGGUUGACAAAAUGAAAGCUGAGGUGAGCAAAAGAAGUAGUUUGGGACAGAAAAAGGUCAGAGCGAAACCAAUGGACAUUAAAAGGAUGCAGGACUUGGAGCGACAGGUAAAGCAGCUGGAACAGAUGCUAAGAUCCAGGAACCCAAACUUGUCAGCUGUAAUGUACGGUCAAGAGAAUGUUGCCACCAGCAGAAAAUCAGCAUUCAGCUGUAUCAACACCCUGCUUGAGCGUAGGAUACAACGUAUUGAGGCAGAGAUGGAGCGCCACGAUGAAGAGGCCAAACAAAACCUGUGCGAGAUGGAGCAGCAGUUCCAGAAGACCAAGCGGCAGUACGAACAUCGGAUCUCUGAGUUGGAGCAGCAGCUGAAAAGCAAAGAAGAGUCAGCGGCAGCAGCAGCAGUAGCAGCAUCUACUACUGAGUCAUGGAUGUCACAAAUUGAAAAAAUGAAGGUUGAGCUUGAGCAUAUCAAGGAAGCACAUGACCAGAAGGAAAACAUUCUCCAGGACCAGAUUGAAACUCUCAAGAAGCAACUGAAACACAAGGCUCCGUCUAGCCCAGGGCGAAAUCAGCAACUUGCUAAGGAAGCACAUGGUAUCCGCAUAACCCAGCUCAACCAAAAACUUGCUAUUAAAACACAAGCUAUUCAGGAGUUGACCCGUACUGUGGAGAGACUGCAGAAAGAGAGGAGGAACAUGCUUUCUGGCCCCAACACAGGAAAUGAUAUUCACUCUUCAGAGACCAAACAACAACCAUCCCCUGUCAAAUCAGCCUGCUCUGAUGCUGCAAGACACUUAGAUGCACUGGAGGGAGCAUUCCCAGCUGCCCAGAGUGAGAAGACUUAUCAGCCUACUGCUUUUACAGGGAGUCACAUCUCAGAGGUGCUGCAGGAGAACGAGGCUCUUCGAGAGCGUCUGAAGCGGCUUGAACUGAACGAUGAGCGAGAAAAAGAAGCCCUGAAAUCAGAUGUUGUAAAAGCCAAGGAAGAGCUGUGCAGGCAAAAAGAUCUUUUCUCUGAGGAGAUUUCCUCUCUGAAGGCAGAGCAUCUCAAGGCAUUGGAACAAAUGCGUGGCACUUACGCCACGGAGCACUCAUCUUCAAAGGUUGCCCAUCUUACCAAUGUGCUGAACACUCGGGAGAUAAUGGUGAAGCUUUUGCAGGACCAGCUGAAAGAACUGCAAGGGGCCAAAGAAGCGCUAGCAGUAUCCAGAACUCGAGAGGGAGCCUUGGAGGCUCAGUUAAGCAGACUGUUAAAAGAACUGAAGGAUGCAAAAGAUGCUCAGAGUCCAGAAGUGAAACUUUUGUGUAGCUUGGAGGCCAAGAUCGGCAGCAUGGAGCAGAGACACCAACACAGAGAGAAAGAGCUACAGCAGGUCAUUGGAGGUUCAUGGCUGGAGGGUGAUCAGCAGUCAAAGGUGGAUCAUUGGAAAUGUCUUGCAUUGGAUAAAGCUAGAGAGCUGGAAGCUUUCCGCUUGGAGUUGGACUCCAUUCUGGAUAUUAUAAGACAUCUUCAAAGACAGGGCAUGAUGCUGCCCAUACCAUAACCUGACAAUAUCUAUACAAAUUGGAACACUAAAAUCUGCAAAAUCCAAUGCCAAUAUUUAAAAAUAAUGUUUUGGACUCGUAGUGCAGACAUCAAAUAACGCAAAUAAAUGAGAUUUGUUUGAGGAGGGAGUUCCAAACGGUGGUUGUGAUGAUGGAGAAGGCCCAGUCUCCCCAGUUUUUGGACUAAUGCCAACUUCGGAUUUGUCACUGUAGAGUUCUAGCUGUGAUGCACGUUGGCCGAGUGGAUAGCAUGUUGGCCACAGUCAGGAGAUCGGGGUAAUCUGUGUUCGAAUCUCCACAUGGGCAUCUGUGGGCACCUCUGUGUGGAGUUUGCAUGUUCUCCCCUUGCAUGCGUGGGUUUUCUCCAGGCACUCCGGUUUCCAAAAACAUGCAUGUUGGGUUAAUUGACGACUCUAAAUUAUCCAUAGGUAUGAAUGUGAGUGUGAAUGGUUGUUUCUCUGUAUUGUAUGUGCCCUGCAAAGUCAGCUGAGAUAGGCUCCAACGUACCCCUGCGGCCCUACUUAGGAUAAGCGGCAUAGAAAAUGAAUGGAUGGACUUCUAGCUGUCUGUAUACACCAAAACAGGUAGGUUGAUAGAAUUGAGUAAUUAUGCCACAUAAUGACAAAGCUUCCUGACAUAUUUAGUGCACAACUCUGGGAAAUAAAUGCCUAGAUCUUUAGAGUUCCUUGGACUUUCCAAUUGUUCUGAGUAUUGGUCAAACAAAUUAUUUUAUGCCAAAGAGACACUUACCAGCUGCACCAUGUCGAGACAAUCAUUCAGCACGUGUGUAUAUAUAUAUAUAUAUAUAUUUAGAUUCUGUGUACAUUAGAGAAAAUAAAUUGUUUUUAAAAACCAAUGCAGAUGUCCCAAAUUCAUCGUCAAGCAUAUGAGUGCAUUUACAUUUCUGACUGAAAGUGUAUGUACUGAAGAAAACAGUCAUAGAAAUCUAUCAUAAUACAUAUAUAACACUUGUAAAGUGCUUUUUUCGGGGUACUCAAAAGGCAAAAUGUUUAAAAAAAAAAAAAAACCUGGUGAUUAGCCUCACAUGAUUGCCAUUGGGCAGUGGUAAACAAGGUUGAGUGAAAGGGCUUCAAUGCAGAAAAUAACGGGCUUUGUGUACACAGACUUUACUAUAAGGUCAACAUUACACACAUUUAACCAUAUGAUAGAACAGAUAAAAGAAGACUUCUCACAAGUACAAUUGUUUUCAUAUGCAGUUACAACUGUUCAACCACGUCUGCACCAAUAUAAGGAUCCUAAACGGACCACUGUAGAUCUAGUACUAUGCUUGUACUUGCUCAGUUAAUAAAAUGUAAUAACUUUAAAAAAAUAUUGCAUCUUACAUACUUAAAUAUACAUUUCCACAAACGAUAUUUUAUAUUGAUAACCAGUAAUAUACCGAUUGGUUCCUUGUUCAAGGGCACCUGGCAGUAUCUCUCCAAUAACUUUCUGCAACUCAAUACAAAGCUACUUACGCCUCUUCCGUUAAUUAACAUAUCGUUGGAAAUACUGUACACACAGUUCCCCAAAUGUAGUAAUAUUUUUGAUUUUGUUUUUGUUGAGGGAAAAGCAGCAGCCUCUUCAGUCAUUCCACCAGAAAAUACUAAUACUAAAACAUACUGAAAGUGAGGGAAGAAUUUGACUCCGUUCACUAUGCACCAGUAAGUAUUAUAUAGAACGGAGUUGGUUGUCACGCUCAUUACAUCUCGCCACGCAUUGUCCCUCCAAUUGUGGCAUGUAAAUGUAAGUAAGUGGGAUCAGAGCUCACCUGCAGUCGGGGUUAAGACAGCUGAACUGGAGGCACAUGCAGUCUUUGCAAGUUUGCAGCAGCACAUCAACCCUGGAAGGAGUGGAGCUCCUCUUCAGUGAAGCCCUGCUGCUUCACCAACCUGACACAUCAAAACAAAAAAGGAUGUUAAUCUUCUCUUCAAGACAUCUAUGACCUGAUAGUGUUCAUCUCCUGUAGUGCCAGUCGAAUGAGACGAGCCAUUGGAGUGAAGCCUGUGCCUGCUGCUAAAAGGUAGAGAACUGUGACAUCACGAAGGGGGCGGAGACUGAAGGUACCCUCUGGACCACUAACUGAUAUACGGUCACCUGAAAUGUCACAGCAAAAAAAAAGUUACCAAAAACACCAUAAACUAAUACACAAUGGGAUUAAUCUGAAAUUAUUUUAAAUACAUUUAAACUAAGUAAUUUAUAUAUAAGAUCACAAAUACCUGCUUUUCACAGAUAAUUGCACUAUGACAGUCAAUCAGGGUGUAAUUUGCCUCUUACCCCUAACAUGCGGGUCACCUGUUCACCUGUUACUGUGAGUAAGAGUGGAUGGAUGGAUGGAUGGAUAUUAAUUCUGGUAAUAUGAAUCCCGAAGCUAUGCAUAUGCAGUUUGAAACCCCUUUGUUGGCAUGUAUGAGAAAUGUGAACUAAGACUUUGCAACUCUGCACAGUACAGUAAAUAUUCUCCAUUAUUGCAUUGCAGUUUUCCACUGUUUUGACCAUGGCAUGUCUACUGUUUUCACAAAUAUACCGUUUACAUGGAAACACAUUUUUGCCAUACGCAUAUUUGCUGCACAUCUUAAAUGUGUUGCUGCUAUUAAGUUAAAGAGUGAGUAUUACAUUUCCCACAAUAUACAUCUGCUUGCCUUAUCUUCCACUAAGUUAUUAUUAUUAAAUACUCCUUUGAGGUCUUAAACUGUCGUGGAGGGUAGCUGAAACUUGAAAGCCAAUUUCACAUACAGUUGCUGCUUCAGGAAACAAUAGCGUCCGUUUUUGGUAUUUCUUUUAAUUGAAGCAACAAUUUGUUGCAAGUUGUUGCUGGCUUCAUUUUAUGCUGCCCGAGCAAAUCACUGUUUUGUGCAAACUAUGUGUAACUUCACUUCUCGCUCUUGCAUUAGUGUCCAGUCUUUCUGCACCAUUUUUGUUAGAAGACCAACAGAUGAGUAGUGACAGAGUCUUACCGACGCACAGGCUGUUGAGAUGUUGAGUCAGUGCUCCAUCACUAUAAAAUUUAAUCAUGAGGUAGAGGUAUGUUUUUUCUGAAGAGGGAUCGGGCCCAACGGAAAGCUCCUGGUCUAUUGGGGUGUAUGGCCUCACGACUUCGGUUUCUGGAUAAAAAUGAAACAGAAUUGAGUUUGGUUCAUCGUCCUCUUUAAGAACAGAAACACGUUACCAUGAAGAAUUAAUAUUCAGUUUAUAAAAUAUCAGCUCUAGGCAUACACAUCCUUCCAACAUAUACACUCCCGUUACAGUGAUGCCGUGCCAGAAAACAUUUAGGUUUGAAAUCAUAUGAUGAGUAUGAGGCAAGAGCUCAAGAUUUCAAAUGACAUUAUAUAAUUUCCAUAAUUGGCCAUGUGAGUUUGUGAGUCUGUGUUUGUGCAUGGAUGGGUAAAACUAAGCUUUAUGGUUUGCGUAAUAAGAAAUGUGUGACAUAAUCUCACGUUUUAAACCCUAGCAGUUUUUGGUACCUUGAAUGAGGGAUUUGAGGUAGAUGUGUUUCCCAACAGGCACAUGCAUGACCGUUCCACGUGGAAGUUGCAACUGAAGCACCUGUGUGUUAUGGUUCACUUCAGUCCUAGACACCAACACACAAUCCCGAAAGAAAAGAGCUGAAAGAAAGAAAAAAAUGGGUUGCAGGUGAACUUUACAUUUUCAGAAAAUUUGGGUUAAAUUCCAACUUGAACAAUUUGUGGGGUGUUUGACUUUAGAAGUCCGCCUGUACUUAAUACUUAACUUUGUUAUGAACAGUCUUAGGGAAUAUUUCUGAUGCAUGCUGGUCAACUAGCCUUUUGUAAUUUGUAUCAAUUUAUUGUUAGUGUUUUCUGACUGUGUUGUAAUAAACAGACUGAUACGAAUGAUAUCAAUUUAGCUUUGCCAAAACAUUACAUGAAAUGUAAUGAUGGCCUGCACAGUACUGUAUGUCUAUGUAUAAUCAUAAUGGUUCAAGAGUUGCCAUGGCUCAUGUUUUUUUCCUUUCUGGGGAUCAAAAGGUCUUCAAAUUUAACAUCAGCAACACCUAUAGGCAGCUACUUGUAACUGAUGUUAUGAAUCCCCUUGGAGUAUAUGGUGUCAAACAAUACAAUACAAUACAAUACAAUCGAGGUAAAACAUAAUAUAUUGAAAUAUUUCUACAAAGUACAAGCUCACCUCUGUCUUUUUUGCAUAAAAAUGUAUUGUGGAACUCCAGUGGCUGACCAAGGCUCUGCCAUUUUACUUUUGCCUGCUUGUGGAGGGUCACCUGGAUCUUUCCCACGGUGGCAGUAGUGUGAACUGUUGACAAAAUGUGAGUGUUAGACUAUAGUAGUUCGGUUUAGGGCUGUCUUCGACUAAGGAUUUUCAUUUUCAUCAUUGUUUGACAUUGUUCCAAGCGGCUCCUUUGGAUUGUGCCACUAAGGCAGGUGAUUUUAUUAAGUAUAGGUCUGCUGUUAAACACACACACAUCAUCUUCAAAUAUUUAUUAAAACAAAUAAAGCUAUUUAUAACAAAAACAGAGACAUUCUAUGUAAAAAUGUAUGCUCAGCAGCAGCCAUGGGCACCCCCAUGUAGUCAGAACGGUACAAUCUUGAUCACAUGACGUUUUUAUAUGAUUCCAGGUGAGACUGAUAGUCGAAUCGGACUCCUCCAAGUCAAAUAAUCUAUUAGUCGACUAUUCUAAGACAGCCCUAGUUAGGUUAUUUUGAUAACACUUAUAAAUAUCAAAUAAGGAACAAAAUAUGACACCACUUUGCACAAUUCAACAUGAUCGAAAAGGACGAAAAGCAAAUCUUAUAAGGAAUCCUACCACAUAUCUCAGAAAUUACAUUCUAUUAACAUGUUCACUUGUACAAUAGCUAGUGUUUUUUUUAAUAAAGAGAAAAAAAGGAAAUAACAUAGAUAGUAAGUUAAUAUCUUACCAGCAAUGUUUCCGUCAACAUCUUCUAAAAGACCUAAAAGGAGUGUCAAAACAAAAAAUUAUUAAGACAAAACUACAGUAUCUCACAUUUCAGGAGUCGACUUUUUAUAUCUUGGCAAAGGACAAUGCUAUAUAAAUGAAAAUUAGAUAUAACUUAGAGUAGGUAGCGUACAGCAUUGAAACUUCAAUAGAACAAGUAUAGAUUUGCCAUCCUUUGAAAAUAACUCAACAAACAAGACACUAUUGUUUAAAUCGCUGGCAACAUAAGUGAGUACAUCAGUACAAUAAUAGCGUGAUUUGAAGCGUGUGGGUUGACAGGCGCAGUGUGUUUUUACCGGGUCUGAAGGGAAUGGCAACGACGUAUUCAGUGCCAUUGUGGAAAGCUCUUGGUAGUUCCUUUUCAUUGUAAUCCAAAAAGGAGAAACAACCAACUUCUCCCCGAACACAAUAAACAUUAGUGGUUUGGCUCAUUAGCAUGGAAGCGAUGUAAUCGCGUGCGCUCAACUUUAACCCCAAAUAGACGUCAGUGUAAAAUAAAUAUCUCUGUAUAUUACUUUUCAAAUAAAAUGAAUACUCAUUUACUUUAAAUCCAGUAUACUUUGUUACAAAACAUUUUUUAUACAUUUCUAUUUUUCUAUUCAUUUUUUUAUUGGGUUUUGCUUCUGAAAGUUUUCCGUGGCCUGGUAUUUGGGGACGCCUGCUCUACCACUCGACAAAAAACUUUGCUGAAACUGAAUAAAAGUGUUUAUCACAACCAUUGCUAUUUAACAAUCACACUGGCAGUGUCUUAUAUUUUGUUAUCAUAAGAUCAGGCCAACAC